AUGGGCAAACGCGUCGUCUUCACCGGCGGCUCCGGCGUCGCAGGCCGAUGGGUGAUCCAGGAACUCCUUCGUUACGGUCACGAGGUGAUCAACCUCGACAUCGUCCCUCUCGACAACCCCGCCGUCCACACGAUGAGAUGCGAUGUGAGCGAUGCCGGCCAGGUCUACAGCGCGCUUCACACUCAACUCCGCCUCAGCCAGCCCCUCGAGAAGUCUUCGAUCCCUGACGCGGUCAUCCAUUUCGCCGGCUACGCCCGGCCGCUCCUUGCUCCUGAUAAUGAAAUCUUCAAGACAAAUGUCAACAGCAUCCACAACGUCGUUGAGGCAGCAUGCAAAUUGGGCAUUAAGAAGGUCAUUCUGGCGAGCAGCGUCUGUGUCUACGGUGUCACCUUUGCCGAGGAGCGGCGCCAGUUCACCUCAUUUCCCAUCGACGAGGAGACCGACUGCAACCCCACGGAUCCUUACGCGCUUUCCAAGAUCGUGGGAGAGACCAUUGCCAGAAGCUUCGCGAGUCGGUUCGGCGUGGAUAUUUACUGUCUUCGCAUUGGUGCUGUCAUUGAGCCUGAGAAGUACGCCGAGAGCUUCUCUGGCUACAUCAACCAGCCAGAGUCCUGGGAUGUUCACGGAUGGUCCUACAUUGAUGCGCGAGACCUCGGGCAGAUGUGCCAUCUCGGGCUUGAGAGGAACGGAUUGGGCUGGCAAGUGUUCAAUGCCACGAACGACGAGAUCACAAAUACGGAGAACACGACUGCGUUCCUGAACCGCGUGAGCCCGUCGACACCAUUUACGCGGGAGAUGGGAGAGCGUGAGGCGCCAAUGUCGAAUAGGAAGAUUCAAGCAAUGUUGGGAUUUAGGGAAGAGCAUCCGUGGAUGAGGUACAUUCCCAUCACCAAGAAGACGGUAUGA